GCUCCCAGUUCCUACUCCAGGAGCACCAGAAGUUCAACCUGGACGGCUUCAGGAACAAACCAUCCGCUCAAAAUUCAAACCGACAAUGCUGCCCCGCUUCCGCUGACAUAUCUCGCGGCCAACUAUCUGUCAUCGAAGGAAACGUUUCCGAACGAUGACAAUGUUGGGUAUGUACGUGCCAGACAGAUUUUCCCUGAAAUCGUCCAUGGUCCAGGACGGAAUCGGUCUGUACACGGCGAAGCGAGUGAAAAAGGGAGAAAAGUUUGGACCCUUUGCCGGUGAGAAAAAGCUGCCCGGUGAGCUGGACGAAAGCUCGGACACCAGGCUGAUGUGGGAGGUCCGUGGCAGUAAAGGAGAUGUGCUGUAUAUUCUGGAUGCAAGUAAUCCUCGCCAUGCCAACUGGCUGCGGUUUGUCCAUCAGGCGCCUUCACAAGAGCAGAAAAACUUGGCGGCGAUUCAGGAUGGGGAGAACAUCUUCUACCUGGCUGUGGAUGACAUAGAGACUGACACAGAACUCUUAAUAGGCUACCUGGACAGCGAUAUGGAGGAGGAGGAGGAGGAAGAGGAGGAGGUCGUUAAAGACGAAGAUGAGAGUAGUAAAGAGGCCAGACAUCUCGUAGAAAUGGAGCUUGUAAUAAAGAAGGAGGACCACCCCUGCUUAUUGUGCGAGAGCAGCUUUCCCAGUGAGGAGAUCCUGGCCGCUCACCUCCAGAGCUUGCACCAGAGACCCAGCACAGAGGAGAAGGAGUUCAAAUGCAGGAACUGCAGCAAGAGGUUCCCCAUCAAACAAGCUCUGCAGCGCCAUGUUUUGCAUUGUUCUGAGUCACUGGAUCCAUCGGGAGACUCUAAACCUCACCAGUGCUCCAUCUGCCACAACACAUUCAGCUCAGAGUCCAGUUUUGAACAGCACAAAGAAGCCUGCAAAGGGGACGCCAGGUUCAUAUGUAAAGCAGAGAGCUGCGGAAAAAGAUUCAAAAGCAAGGAUGCUCUGAAGAAACAUAAAGGCAACGUUCACACAGGAAGUGCCCGACGGAAGCUCACGUGCACCAUAUGCAACCGAAAAUGCUCCUCUUCUCUGAACCUGCAGGAACACAGAAAGAUACAUGAAAUAUUCGAGUGCCACGCGUGCGACAAGAAGUUCAUCUCCACCAACCAGCUGAAACGCCACAUGAUCACACACUCCGAGAAGCGGCCCUACACCUGCGAGAUCUGCAGUCGCUCGUUCAAGCGCCUGGACCAGGUGACGGCCCACAAGAUCAUCCACAGCGAGGACAAACCGUACAAGUGUAAGCUCUGCGGGAAAGAGUUCGCCCACCGCAACGUCUACAAGAAUCACAAGAAGACACACUCUGAGGAAAGGCCUUUUCAGUGUGAGGAGUGCAAAGCGCUGUUCCGCACCCCCUUUUCGCUACAGCGCCACCUUCUCAUCCACAACAGUGAGAGGACAUUCAAGUGUGACCAGUGUGACGCCACCUUCAAGAGGAAGGACACGCUCAACGUCCACAUCCAGGUGGUGCACGACGGCCACAAGAAGUACAAGUGUGACCUCUGCGAGAAGGCCUUCGUCACCCCGUCCGUCCUGAAAAGCCACAAGAAGACACACACAGGAGAAAAGGAGAAGAUCUGCCCGUACUGUGGACAGAAGUUUGCCAGCAACGGCACACUACGGGUUCAUAUUCGCAGCCACACAGGUGAGCGUCCAUACCAGUGUCCUUACUGUGAUAAAGCAUUCAGCAAGAACGACGGCCUGAAGAUGCACAUCCGGACUCACACCCGGGAGAAGCCAUAUAAAUGCAGCGAGUGCAACAAGGCCUUCAGCCAGAAACGGGGACUGGACGAGCACAUGAGGACGCACACGGGGGAGAAGCCUUUCCAGUGCGACGUGUGCGACCUGUCGUUCAGCUUGAAGAAGAUGCUCAGCAGACACAAGCUGACGCACAACCCCAACCGUCCCAUGGCAGAGUGCCAGCUGUGCCAUAAGAAGUUCACCAGGAACGACUACCUCAAAGUACAUAUGGAGAAUGUCCACGGGGAGACGGAGAGCUAGAGCCCAUUACGGGAGCGCAAACGAGAUCGCUCGGAUAAAGUUCAGCCCCCUCCUACGCGUACCAGUAAAGUACACGUGUGCUGCCUCCACAGAUGGACAGAUAGCAAAAAAUGUUGCCCUUAACCAUAGACGCAUGUAGAGUAUGCGGGAACGUUAGAGUCAGCAGUUGGAAAUUGGACCAUAUGGACUCUGCAUUUGUUUUUGUUUUUUGUCGUCCUGUCAUUGUUUUUGAUAUCUGAACGCCAGGUCUGCAUCUGGAGCCGCCGUGUCGCUCUCAUAGAGACGUUUGCGUCUUCUUCACGCCGCCACAGCUUCACCUGGUUGGCCGCAACCAGGUUGCCAGGUUUGCUGUCAAACGAUGACGUAAACCCAUGACCAAAAAAAAAAACAAAAAAAACUUUCAGGGUACUGUUCACACGUUUAGGCAUCUGUAGUUGUGUUAAAUUAUUGAAGGAGCAGGCCAUACGUGCAGCCCAGCAGUGUUGUCGAGGUGCGGAUGGACGAGCGGGCUCUGAAAAUGGCUACCGGCCACUUCAUCUGAAACGGUUAACAAGUUUCAGCUGUUGUUUACACCGUUUUCGGAGAGAACAUAAACGUGCCGUCGUUUGUCUUCCAUGCAGCCUUUUUCUAGAUCCACUUAGGACUUAGGUAGUUUAAUUAGAUCCAAAUUUCAUACAGCUUUAGCCUGUUUUCUGUGUGAUUUGUUGAUGUAACUGCUGGACCUCCAUCAUUAGCACAAGAUGAACGGCUUCGGUUAUGAAAACUUUUCCCAUAACUUACUGUACUGAAACCAAUGGGGCUCCAGGGAUGUUUCUGCUUCCUUGUCACGUUAAUGGAGAAGUAUGUCCCAAACUAUGGAUCGCAAAAAAACCCAAAGUGUUGACUCUGUUUACUUUCAGAAAGAAAUGGUUGAGUGUUUUCCUAUGAAAGGACCUGUUUGUUGUACUUUACACAAAGUGUUUAUGUUGUUUUAUAUCAAUCGCUGUUUAAUACAGAAUUUUG